CUAAAGUCAACUGCGAGGCAAUACUAGAGUCAAUUGUGGGCUACUAAUUGGAACCAAUUGUGGGCUAAUACUAGAAUCAGCUUUGAAGUAAUAUAAUAAUUUGAUUCGUAACAUAAUAGUAUACGUAUAUCUUGUACUAUACUAACUUGUAUUAUAUAGUAUAGAGCAAUUAAAUACAAAUUGUUUUACUAAUACUGCUUGACAACUGACGGCAAAUGUCAGUCAUGGCUUAUCCGAACACAAUGUAUGGAUCAACUAAUUCUGAGGUACAAAUAAAUCCAGAAGUACAGCAAUGGUUUAUUGCUGUUGAUAGAGAUGGCAGUGGAAGAAUUACAGCCACAGAACUACAAUCUGCUUUAGCAAAUGGGCAAGGGGGCACAUUUUCAGAUACUGCUUGUAAACUUAUGAUAGGAAUGUUUGACAAGGAGAAAAAUGGUACAAUAGAUUUAUUUGAGUUUCAAGCUCUUUAUAAUUAUAUUAAUGCAUGGCUAAGUGUUUUUCGUAGUUUUGAUCAUGAUAAUUCUGGAAGCAUACAAGAAACUGAAUUAAAUGCAGCAUUGAUACAAAUGGGAUAUAGAUUAAGUCCAGAAUUUAUUUCAUUUCUUAUAAAGAAAUGUAACCCUAUUGGUCUUUCUUGUACUGUUGAUCAGUUUAUUGUAUUAUGUGUCCAAAUUCAGAGAUUCACAGAUGCUUUUAGAGUAAGAGAUACUGACCAAACAGGGGUAAUCAGUAUUGGAUUUGAAGACUUUCUAAAUGUUGCACUUAAUUGUAGUGUAUAACACUUCA